AUGCCGUACAGUGAAAUCAUUGGCGACUUGAAAGCAAAGCUUGAGAAAUCAAACGACGCUUUGGCCGCAUAUAAGGCCAACGCAAACGCAUGGGUGCCCACCACCGGGCCCUCCACCAGCACCCCCACCAGCCCCACCACUAGCCCUCCAACCAGUCCCCCGUUGUCACCCCUAUUCGCUCGCCGGUACCAAAAAACGGGUCGAGUCGGCGCUGGUAAGCACGGGGCCAAAGCGGGUGGUGUGAGUAAAACACCAUCAUUUUAUGUGGAUUUAUUGCACGCGGCAGUUACCGAUCACCAUGAUCAUAAUAAACGUAAUAAACAGUACCAUAAGCUAAAUCUAAAGCUAUUGUCCAGCGAAAUGAGCGCCGAUAUGAAACAGUAUACGCUAAACAUGAUCAAACAACUUUGGCCCCAACCCGGUGGUCCGGGCGCGGGGCACAGUGUGGAGGACACUAUUGUACAGCCAUUGGUCGAUAGGCUAGAUGACAGGUUUGGCCAACACUGGUGUUGUAUUUUGGCCAAUAAUAACGCAGUUAGCAAGUGCGUUUUGAAAUAUGAACCUGAUGCGCCCGAGAUCACGAGUCCUCCAAUCAGCCCGACUACUAACACACCGCCCGCGCUGGACAGUCAAACCCCUGCGCAAACAACCGACCCAUUGAUACAUGUAUUCAAAAAGAGUGCAAACCUGGAGCCAACAAUAGAAAAAUUCAUUAUAGGAGUGGCUUUAGACGCGCUGUACCGGCACAUGCCAUUGAUUGAUGACCAUGGUAGUAGUGGUGGACUCGUGGGUUAUACCAUGGAAACGUACCAGGCCAUUUGCGUUACCCUAAGGGACACUAUAUGCCAAAAGUAUAGCGGCCAAUGGUUUGUGUCUGUGGGCGCCCGACAGCACUACUCCACCUCUUGGGCCAAACUCCGGAGCCGUAAGUUUAUGUUGUUUGACGUGAAUGGGGUUAAGUUUACGGUGGGAGAAGUGGGCACUGGAUGGUUAUGGUAA